AUGACUACCAAGAACUUUCCACUCUCGGACGUGCUCGCGGUCGCGAAAAUCCAUCCGUUCUACAAUUCAGAUGUACUUUAUCCACCGGGUCCUGAGCAGAUCCGGGCUAUUGUGCAGACUGGAGUCUCUCAAUCCGGGCAGACUACGAGUAGCAGUCUCGAGUCGCUGCCACUGACAACCAAGAAGAAUCUCUAUCGGGUUAUCGAGCGAUUGACCAAGGACACGAGCCCGCACAACGAAUACCGCCGCAGCGCCUAUGUCAGCAUCACAGGCGGUGGUUCCGGGGGUUUGCCGCUGAUGUUUUUGUCGGAUGCGAAAGAAAACCGGCAGCACCGCGCAGCAUUUGGCGAUUUCCUGAGGAUCUGCGGAGUGGUGAAACCGCACGAUUGGAUCCUGACAACGCAUGCCGCGGGCUAUUGGUAUAGGUCUCUUGACCUCAUGACUGAGAUUCUAGAAAACGCAGGGGGGACGGUUCUCAGCGCUGGCAAUUUCAUGACUCCCGAUGAGGUUGUACGCGCCCUUGAGCAUUACCAGAUCAACGUCUUGACAGGCGAUGGCAGUCAAGUCAUUCAAAUUGUCCACCGGAUCGGAACCCUUCCGGCCGAGAAGCGAAAAGGGAUCAGAUUGACGAAAGUGAUCUACACCUCUGAGCCGCUGACUGACGGUCAGAGACAAUACAUCCGCGCGACGCUGGGCCCGGUCAAGAUAUGCUCCGUCUUAGGAAGCGCAGAAUCCGGGCCAUACGCCCUCCAUAAUCCGGACCUGACCGGGGAGGCCGGGCUCACAGGCUCCAUGGACUUUGUCUUUGACACCCGGAGCCUCGUGGUUGAAAUCUUGCCCCCUUCCGUCAUGGAAAGUGAUUCCCCGUCGGGGCUCAGGUCCCUGCCGGAAGGCCAGGAGGGAGUCCUCGUCCAGACCUCCUUGCAACGGCGGCGCAAUCCCCUUGUACGUUACAUCACUGGUGAUCUCGCAUCGGUUCACCCACUCCCCGACCUUGCGCGAUCUGUGGUCCCGGAAUCGGAUCUUGAACACUUGCGGGUUCUCCGUUUGCGGGGUCGUGAUCGUCGCUUCAGUUUCAAAUGGUUUGGAAUGUACUUUGAAUUCACCAACAUCGAGAAGCUUAUGCAGAGGGAGGACUUCGGGUUGCUGCAAUGGCAGAUUGUCAAAGCGACCCAUGAUUCAUCCCCGCAGACAACGCUUGAGGUUAGGAUGCUCCGGGAGGCAGCGAGUGAACGAUUGAUCGCUCGACAAGAUCUCGUCCAUGAACUGGAGACUUUCUUUUUCGUGCUGCCCGAGAAUCGGCAUCUGUUUCGGCUGACGUUCGUGGAAGAUCUGGGUGGGUUUGAAAAGAGCGGCACGGGGAAUAAAGUCAUGAAAUUCGUGGAUCGAGCACAUUAGCUCUACAUGUAGACAGGAU